GUCUGUGCUGCUGCCCGCCUGCAUCCGUGUAACUCACGUUGCUUCUGACGUCCGCACGUGCGCAGGAUGAGCGCAGAGGGAAACGUUGUGCCGGAGUCAGUACAUAUUCACAAUUACCUUCAUCUUGCGGGCAUCGUCGUCUUGUAUUAUGACUUCAUCCUCACAUUCGGCGAAGAAUACGCCAGGGUAUGGAAGAACCCACGAGCGAUAGCAUCUUUGCUAUUCUUCCUCAAUCGAUACAUACCAAUCCUCGGUGAUAUCGCAGUGAACACAGGCAACUUCUACAUAUUUCCUAACGAGCAUGUUUGUCGUCAAUACGCCUUCUUCCGUCAACUGCUCUUGAUCGUAAAUCAAGUGGUGGUGUGUUUCGUUCUCUUUUUGAGGACGUAUGCACUUUAUGGCCGAGACAAACGCGUCAUGGUGUUGGUCUUCGGCGUCGGCGCGGCUCUGCUCGGAAUAUCCUGCUGGUCCGUAGUAGGCCAGCACGAAGACGUUGAGCUGCGUGGUGGCUGCCAUCUCUUGGCGGACCGUAUGACCGCCAUCAGGCUGGCUGUGUCCUGGGAGGCGCUCUUCGUGUUCGACUUGAUGGUCUUCUCUCUAACCCUGGGCAAGACUCUGAGCGAACGCUACCGGACCCGCGUCACCUCCGGGCGGCACGACAUCAUCUCGCUGAUCCUCCGAGACGGAUCCAUGUAUUUCGCAGUUAUGGCCUCCGUGAACUUUGCGAACACGCUCACAUUCUACUUCCUCGAGCCGCUCCUCCGCGGCUGCCUCUCGACGUUCGCCAGCAGCGUCUCCGUCACGAUGAUGUCGCGCCUCAUGCUCAACCUGCAGGGCUCCGCGGCGGGCCGCGACGUCGUCGCCUCCUCGUCCGCGUACCCGACGACGUCCGACAACUCGACCUCCAUGCUCUUCACCUCGCGCAUCUCCUCCAUGCCCAUGGGCGGCGGCGGUGCGACGUACACGCAGACGCAGUGCGACUUCCCCGCGGAGCGCUCGCGCCUGGGCCGCGACUCGGCGUACGUGCGCGGCGCGGAGUCACACCCUGGGUAUGGGUAUAUCGGCGAGAUGUACGAGCUGCGCGAGCUGGGGAUGCAUGACGGCGAGGAUGGCGCGCUGCGGAUACAUCCCGACGAAGGUUUGGCAGGAGCUUGAACGACGCACAGUGAUACCUUGCAACACGCUGAACUUACGAGUCCAGCCUGGAUCCCGCCGGGGCGGUCCGCGCUAUACAAAAAUGACCUGAAUUGUACGACCGACAUACUAGAACUAGUGUAGAGCAGCCUACCCAUCUGUACCAUGUAUAUUGUAUCCUCGAUUCCCCGGACAUUCUUCUAAAGACCUCGACGGUCUGGAUCAAGCCUGGAUGAUGAUACCCG